AUGGAUUCCUCCGACCAGAUGGAAUGGGAGCCUACCUUACCCCUCCAAACCCUUCUUCCACAACAGAUUCUAACUGCUCAGCGCGAGCGACUUCUUGCUAUCACAGGUCGACGCAUCAUGGGAUUGACAUAUCCUAGCACCGCAAGCUCACACCGACCAACCCUGACCAGACGUAUCCUGGAAAGGAGCUCUCCCAGGAGACAAUGGAACAGAAUCCUUGCCAGCGUCGAUGCCAGCAAUGGAGGAACGCAAAAGGAAACAGACGGCGAUGCUGUAGACCUUUCCUUGACCCUGAACAUGGUAUCUCCUCCGGUAACGCCACGAAAACGCGUUAUCGAAGAGGUCGACGAGCCAGAGCAGUAUGAAGACCGCUUCUCGAGACCAGAAGCACACACAUCUGCCCCAAAUGUCAUCGAUUCACCGAAUGACAUUUCGAUGGAAGAUGUGUUCACCCCUCCCUCAGCUACGCAAACUCGGCCGGUCAUUUGGCCUCAAGCUGAUACCCAAGCUGUUCAAGAAGCCACGUUCAUAAUGGGAUCUGUCGGCCUCAGGAGCCCUGUUAGUCCCAGAACAGAGAACCGUCCAAACUGGUUCGAGCUUCGCGAACAAGCUGAGGGAGGGGUCGUUGGGGGUGUCACGGAGACCAGCCGUUCCGACGUACCACUGCAAGUCGAAAGUCCAAGCCACGGGGCUUUCGAUGGCAAGUUCCUUCUUCCGCAUAUCCCAGGUAGCUGGCCACUGUCCCCGCCAAGUUCACCAGCAGCGGUGCCAGCAAGCCUGCCCGUCCAGCCCUCCGCGCUCCAGGAGGCGCAGGACGCUCCUCCAUCACCAACUUCUCGAGCCAGAGGGUUUCUGAUGGCGGGGGGCGUAUCUCACGCCGGCCCGGGAAGAAGGACAGUGGUGCCACGUCCGGCUGAUGUCCCGAUGACAUCCCUGGAGCCCGAGUCCUCCUUGUCAGAGACGACAGGGGGCCUUCGGUCCCUUUGCGACUUGCCAAAUUUCGUAUUGGACUUCUGGGGCAAAUGGGUCGUACAGACGCGGGCCAAAGUCGUUCAAACAGUGAAGAGAAGGGCUGUAGGUGUCUGGACGCCUCAGACUUCUCGCGCUUCCCCCCGUGCUGUCGCCCACCCCCGACGCGAAGUCGAUACGAAACGCGACAAGAAGCUCUUGGGCAUGAGCAUGGAGCAGCGACGUGCAUUCCGCAUCCAAGAGAAGCGGAUACAAAGAAAGAAAGCGACGGUCCCAGUCGCUCAAGAGCUUCGCACGCCUGAAGUGAAGCCAAUGCCGUUCGCUGCUCCUGCUCCUGUCCAGUUAGCCCAGCGAGGACAACCUCUCCGCCAACGAUCGAAGCUCUCCAAAAGCUCGAUCAAUAAAAUCAAGCCGCCAACGCCUGGUCAAGUCAUUGCACCAGGCCGCGUUACCAAACAACGCAAAGUGCGGUCGGCGAGGGAGUCCUCGGAAUUGAGGAUACUGCGUCCAGGUGUCCUUCGAGACAUGUCGGACAAGGAGAGGAUUUGGAGAGUCCAACAGAUGAACUUGGAUUUUGUAACAUCAUCCCGGCCAGCCCAAGUUCUCGCGCCUGAGCCACAAGAAACAGUGUCACCCGUCGCGCCAGUGACACCAGUGCUCAGGGAGACCUCCGAACCUCCGCCACCUCCUAGUGCUUCGGAACCCCAAAUUUCGCCUGGAUCGUGUAUCAAAAGGCCAUCAUCUGCCGUGGGUACGACUCCCAUUGAUGAACCUCCUAGAGGUGAAUCGUAUGAUGGCUAUGCACAGAGACCAGGCGAACCAAGCGCUAGGAGAGUACACUGGCAUCUAGCCAGCACUCCACUCGGACAACCGGUUGUUGACAUCCGCGUCUACGACCCCAGCGCUCCAGUUAGACCAACACUGCGAGACGGGGAGGACGACAGUCAACAGCCGGCCCGCGCAACUAUUGACGACAAAUCACCAGAGGGACCGUUCAUUAAGCCCCUCAGCAGCAAAUGGGACUCGCGUCUCGCUGCCGAGAUGGCCCUUCCUGACUACCGUCAGGUUGGGACCACAAUCUCUGGUGAUCCCCUGACCCGUAAGGAUUUUGCGACAUGCUACACCCCGUUAGCGUGGCUCAAUGACGAGGUGAUAAAUGCAUACCUCGCAAUAAUCCUUGACUACGCUCGAAGGGCUUCGGGCAGUUCAGGGCGGCAUCGGGAGCCCAAAUACCACGCCUUCAACUCGUUCUUCUACUCUAGCCUCAGGGACAGAGGCUAUGAGUCCGUACGGCGUUGGGCUUCCCGGGCCAAGAUUGGGGGUUCAGCCUUGUUGGGGGUAGAGAUGGUUCUCAUCCCUAUCCACAACCAAGCGCAUUGGACCCUCAUGGUCGUCAAACCGAAGGCUCGAACCAUCGAGUACUUCGAUUCCCUUGGAGGCGCCUCACGAGCUCAUGUGAGCCGAGUGAAGGAAUGGCUCCAAGGCGAGUUGCGCGACCUCUUCAAAGAAGAGGAAUGGCGGGUUCUCCGGACAGACUCUCCACAACAGGACAACGGCAGCGACUGUGGGGUGUUCCUCCUAACCACUGCUAAGAUGGCGGUGUUAGGCUUGCCCCUUUCAUAUGGGGCGAGAGACAUUCCCACGAUCCGUAAGAGGAUCGUUGCCGAAAUCCUCAAUGGAGGUUUCGAAGGAGAUUUCGACCCGAAAGUCGAGUUCCCUGUCAGAUCUAGGUUGUAA